CUUCCUCCCAUCCCCCCAACCCCUUCCUCAUCAUCAGCGCUUGAGCUCGCAACGCAUUCCCCGCUCCGCGUCUCUCGCGCACCACGCAACGAAACGAGCCGCGUCCACCUCCUCGCCUCACGCCUCCUCCUCAUCCUCCUCCUCAUCCUCGUCUCGCGCCCCAGCUCGGCAUGAAGCCGCUGUUGGUGCUGCUGGCGCUGGCGCUGGCUCGGGCCGAGGAGCCGGGCCCGAGCGCCGACGGCUGCGGGCCGUGCGAGCCCGACUCGUGCCCCGCGGCCAAGUGUCGCGCUCCGGAGCUGCUGGCCAAGGACGCGUGCGGUUGCUGCCCGCUCUGCCUCGGCGUCGAGGGGGAGCCGUGCGGCGGCGUCGACCCCGCGGGCCGGGGCCGCUGCGCGCAGGGCUACGUGUGCCUCGCCUCGCCGGGAGACGGCGACGUCGGGGCGGCGGGAGCCGGGAGCACGAGGGCCGGCGGCUCGGCGGGGCGGUGCGUGUGCAAGCACGACUUCGCGGUGUGCGGCUCGGACGCGAAGACCUACGAGACGGUGUGCGCGCUGCACCUGGCCAGCUGGCUAUCGACACACGCGGGGCGUAGCAAGGUGCACAAGGAGCACGACGGGGAGUGCAAGUACGCCCCCAUGAUCGUGACGACUCCCAAAAACAUCGUGAACGUGACGGGCUCCCAGGUGUACCUGUCGUGCGAGGUCAAGGCCGUGCCACUGCCCAUCGUCACCUGGAGGAAGGUGACGGAGUCGCCCAAGGGCGUGAAGCUGCUGGAGGAGCUGCCCGGGGAUCGCAUCAACCUGGCCGUGCAGGUGCGCGGAGGGCCCUCCAAGUACGAGAGCACCGCCUGGGUGCUGAUCAACCCUCUGAUGCGCGAGGACGCGGGGACCUACCAGUGCCACGCUAAGAACAGCCUCGGGGAAACGCAGGCUGAGUCCUCCAUCAAGGUGGUGGAGGGCAAGGCCAAGGCAGGAGGAGGCGUGAUGACCAAAGACGGCCGAGGGGACAGCGUCGAGGGGACCUCCAAGUGAGGGCCGACGUCCCGAGGCCAUGGCCGCGCGCCGACCGCGAGCUUCUCAGGCCUUAGCAGCUUCCCCCGCGUUUUCCCCACGCUAAAUAGUUAGCAAAAAUAUUCUCGAAUGUACAACCUACGACGAGACGCCGUGAGAACACGAGUGGUUAAGAUGCGACAGUGCGGGCGAGCAGGCCUCCAAUACUCAUCAGGUUUAAAACAAAAAAGUGGAAUCUUUAUAUUUUUUAAAAUGAAAGAUUCGUUGUUUUGAGAGAGAAAAAAAAAUCCUGAUAUUUUUGCUAACUACACAGUUCGAUAAAUGAUCAAUGCAGCAUGGGUAAUAAAAUAAUAAAAAGGACACCAAUGCUAGUACUUGGACAGGGUAAAAUAAGUGGCUUUCUGUGUGCUGAGAGGUAUUUUUAGACGUUUAUCAAGUGCUUUACUUUGACACCUUUAUUUACUUUUGCUACGCGCCCGUGCGUGUGUGUCCUUUAUUUGUGUACGUGUGUGUACGUGUGUGUGUGCACGUGUGUGUACGUGUGUGUGUGUACGUGUGUGUGCACGUGUGUGUGUACGUGUGUGUGUGCGUGUGUGUACGUGUGUGUACGUGUCUGUGUGUACGUGUGUGUGCGUGUGUGUACGGCCUUCAUCGGUGCUCGCUGGCAGCACUUGCUCCAUCAGUCUGUUAAGGCUAUACGGGGGAUUUUGUAUAACACUUGGCAACGUGGCUACAUUCCGCGCGGGAGAGACACCCACCCCUCCUUUGGCACGCACGGAGCGCCGCUUGUUCACGCACGCUGCGCCAGCCCCGCCAGCGGUCGAGCGGAGUGCCAGGUGAUCAUAACAGCAGUUGUCAUAAACACGCUGUGUGCGCGGCCAUGGGCCCGCGUGCCGUUACAUCUGCGGUAGGCAAAGCCUCUCUCCCACGUGGAGGGGAGCGGUGGCUAAAGCCUCGCACGUGGAGGGGAGCGGUGGGUAAAGCCUCCCUCGCACGUGGAGUGCAGCCAGCUUUUACGAGUGUGAGAAUGUAGCGGACCUCCGAGGGCAUCUGGACAGAGUCCGACACCAGCAGGAGUGUGGCAGGACCUUUUUGAGUCGACUGAAAGGGGGGUGGUGGUGGCCAGGGUCUGGCGGUUGGUGUCACUGGCCCGGCCGUAUGCGCAGGGCCAGAGGUGUUGACAGAACGCUUUCAAUGUAGUAAUGUUUGUGGGUGCAGUGGUUUGUUCAUCGUAACAUUUGCAUUGGAAACUCCAUGCCUUUACGCUAAUCAGUAUUAUGCAGUACAAAAAUUGAGCACAGACCAUUUUACUGUUGUUGUUUUGUACCCAAACGUGGCAUCGAACGCACAUUUACUCCGCGCUUGAGAACGUAAUCAAUAUCAAGGUAACCAGAAUGCAAUUGCAUUUUCACGAGCUUCUGUAUUACUAAUCACUAACCGCGUCAAUAAAGGGUCAGCAUCUAUGGAUUAAA